GGAAGCCCAGACGAAUAAGCAAAUGCCAAGACUUGGCCAUAUCUCAUCCACACAGGUCACAAGUAGUUCUCAGACAGCCCUCACCAUACAACACAACCCGAAACAGAGACAUAGCAUUCAGAAACAAGAUUAGAGUGUUCGGAGAGCGGAUUAAACAAAAAUGUCAUCUGCUUCUCCGAUUCCCUGCAUCAGAAUCCUGAACUCUGCUUCUCCUUCUUCUUCUUCCUCUUCUUCGUCAUCAUUGGCCUCGUCUUGUUUCAGAUUCUCUCCGUCUAAGCCAUGCGUUUUCACCGUCAGGUGUUCCCAGACUGACGGCCCCUUGAGGAGACCGGUGGCUCCUCCUCCCCUCCGGGAGCCCUCUCCGCCGUCGACGCCCAUCCCUCCUCCGCCGUCUCCCUCUUCUUCCGCCGUGUCGCCCACGCCCACGCCCACGCCGGUGGGUUUCGAGGAGGGAAAGGGUGUGAUUACGCUCGAGUUCCAGAGGCAGAAGGCGAAGGAGCUGCAAGAUUACUUUAAGAAGAAGAAGCUUGAAGCCGCUACGCAAGGCCCCUUCUUCGGUUUCCUUCCCAAGAACGAGAUCUCCAAUGGAAGGUGGGCGAUGUUUGGUUUUGCGGUUGGAAUGCUGACGGAGUACGCAACGGGAUCAGACCUCGUCGAUCAAGUUAAGAUCCUACUCUCCAAUUUCGGAAUCAUAGACUUGGAAUGAGAAAAGUAUACGGACAUGAUAUGAUAUCUCUCUUGUCCCCCCCAAUUCUUGUCGAUACACCUUCUGUCUCUUCUUGCCUGCUUCAUCUGUUACAGCAUCUUGCUUGUAUGCCUUCAUUCUCUCCAUUUUAUGUAUCUUCCAUUUGAUCAGUUUUUUCCCUCCCAUUUUUAA